UGAGAGAGAAACGGGCAAAAGGAGGUGGAGAGUUGUCUUUGGAUUUUAGUUAGACACUGAAUAGACAGAGAUUUAGUUUGCCAAGUGCUUAGUUCACUUUUGAGACAUUGCUUGCUCAUGUAUGCACUUGGCAUUUGGCCUUGUAGCUCUCUAUAUAAAUGAAACAUGGAUUUUUGAUUGUUUCUCAGAACUGAUGCAGUGAGAUUUACUGUAAUUUAGCUCAAAGAGAAAGAUUUUCAGUCUGUUUCAACCCAUGGGCCAAUUAGCCAUUGACUCUCCCCUGCAUCAUGUCACGCCGGAAACAGAAAAGACCUCAGCACUUUUUCAGCCCCAUCCUCAACACUUCGUGGCUACUUCAACAUGAGGAGCAGUUGGCAGUGAAGUCCCUCGCCUCUACUCUUGCAAAGAACUUUUCCUGCUCUUCCUCAUACUCAACAACUCAAAGCCGUCAAACUUCCUUAAACCCAAGCCCACCAGUUGAGAGGCCCACAAAACCUUCUCUGACCAGAGCCAGCCACCCUGUCCUUCACAUCCCCAGCCAGCCCAUACAGUUUCCUUCAAACCUCACAGAGACUCACCUAUUCCAAAUUUCUGACAUCCCAUCCCAUCAGUGCAUCACUACCGUUGCACCAACUGUGCUCUCUACCCACAACCACGCUCACGUACCAAUGGCUUCUCCAAAGUUAGGUGUGUCAGCAACCACAACCGCAUCUUCAUCCUCCUCUGCUGCUGCUUCUCUCUGUGUGCCUCCACAUCCUCGAAGCCCCACUUCUGUGCCUCAGGGUCCCCCAAGUCCAGUUACACCCUCUUCCAGUCCAAGCACGGUCCCUUCAGGUCCAGCAUGUGCACCUGUCAGUAUUGCUUUCAUCUUGGAGGAGCUACGUGUGCUGCAGCAGAGGCAAAUUCAUCAGAUGCAGAUGACUGAAGAAAUCUGUAGGCAAGUACUGAGAUUGGGAGGAGGAUCUUGUGAAGUGGAUUCAAAACCAUUUAUACUACCAUCUCUGCCGCAGCUCUGUUUAAAAGGUUCGGAUAACAACCCCAGACCCUCCCGACCAAAGUCAUCACCUCCCCCUACAUCUGUGGCUCCUCUUCUGGCCUGUUUCUCAUCCCUGCUACCCCCGCAGACCACCUCAAAGUCCUCCAAACAUGCCCACCCUCUCCUGAAUGUAUUACGUCCCCAUAAAGCACAGUAUGACAGCGGGGUAGUUACUCCAGCAAGCUUCACCAGUCACACAAGUGCUUCUACAUCCUCAACAAUGUCUACACCUGCUGCCUCAAACUAUCCACUCACACUUUCUCUGGGCCUUCCAUCUCAAAAAUCAUCCACCGCAGGAGCUAGUGGACACAGUGGUGUGACCUUUCCAAACCAAUCUAUACCAGCAGCUGCCGUCCCUUCAGGCCCCUCACAGGAUCCAAAACUCUCUGCUCAAGGAGUUACGAAUGUUUUAUCAUCAGGGCGUACGCAGCAUGCAUGCCGAUUUUGUCGGAAACUCUUCAGCAGCGAUUCCUCCCUGCAAAUACACCUGCGUUCACACACAGGGGAGCGUCCUUACCAGUGCCCUGUAUGUUUCAGUCGAUUUACCACACGAGGGAACCUUAAGGUCCACUUCUUGCGGCAUCGUGAGCAAAACCCGGAGCUCUCUUUUUCAUUGUUUCCCUGUUCGCUUUUUGCAUCUGUAACUGGGGGAUCAAUGGGAGGACCAGCACAAACGCAAACUAUCACCUCCACCAAUACAAAUGCUACUCAAAGGCAUCAGAAACAGCAAGAGGAUGAUCUGUGUGGCGACAGUCUUGAGGGAACUACUGCCUCAACACGUGCCACAACCUCAUCUCUUCCUCCUAGUAUUGAUUUGGCCCUGCUGACCACUGCACACUCCCUCCUUCAGCUCAAUCGUGCUGCCGCUGCUGCCGCUGCUGCAGCCUCUACAUCCACUACAUCCUCAAUCACAUCCUCAUCACCUUCCUCCCUGGCCUCCACCCUUCUUUCAGCUCCUACCUCAUCCACCUCCUCCAUUCCUGGGGUGUAUAAAGGAGUGAAACGCUUUGAUGAGAACACCCCACCAAUACCUACUCUGCUCCCCCAUUCUGCUUACUCACAGCUUGCCAAUUUACCAAAAAUCUUCUUUCCAUCAUCCACUCAGCAUCAUCCAGGCCAUGCGUUUCUCAGACCAACAACUCCAGCUGGAUCCUUUUUGCCAUCCCCACAACAGCACAUUAACUUCCCGUUCACGGCAUCAUCCACUACCCCAUCCAUCUCGACCCCAACCUCGGACACAUCGAAGCUGCAGAGACUGGUGGAGAAGUUAGAGAAAGAACCACAAGGUCAGUCACAUUGGGGUUCAUCCAUUGGGGAGACUUCUACCAGUGGCCAUAGUGUAGCAGGAGCAUUAAGCUAUAGCAGCAGUGGUUUAAUGAGCACAAGCACAUUCAGUACAAAUGUGGUCACCUCUCUUCCAUCAUCUACAAUCCAAAUACCAUCAUCCCUUUUCAGCAAGGAGUCACCCUACCUGGGACUUAUGAACUCUGCUGGGACACUUGCCCCUAAUCAGUGUAGUGUGUGUCUGCGGGUGCUAAGCUGCCCAAGAGCAUUACGUUUGCAUCAGGCUACUCAUUUAGGUGAGCGACCCUUCCCCUGCAAGCUAUGUGGUCGUUCCUUCUCAACUAAAGGAAGCCUUCGAGCACACCUUGCCACCCACCGUGCCCGUCCACCAAACAGUCGUGCCCAGAAUUCUUGCCCCUUAUGCCAGCGGAAGUUUACCAAUGCCCUUGUGUUACAACAUCAUAUCCGCAUGCACUUAGGAGGGCAGCUACCACCAGAGCACAUGCCUGAUACCUCAACAGAAUGUGAUACUUUGUCCCAUUCCGAGUCUAUGGAGCUCUCUGGUCUAGAGCUCAGCCCUAGCGCUACAGAUGUUCAGUUACUAAAUGCCGAUCUACAAACCAUUUCGGAUACUAGACAUCCCGAAUCCCUUGUUGUCAGUACUGCUCCUACAUCCUGUCCCAUAACCUCCAGCCUACCUGCUUCACUUAGCUCAGCUCCUUUACCACCUUUAGACCUAACCCCUGACCCACCCCUGAAUCCAACCACCCAUUCACCUCUAACAUUCAGAGCUGAUCCCCCUGAGCUCUCACUCAGUGUACCUUCGCCAGUGGAAUCUUCAGCCUCCCUUGUCCCUGCUGCCACCCAGUCAGCAUCAGCAACAACACCUGGUCCUUCUGCCACUGAUGAACUCUCUUUUGAACUUUCCAGCAACACUGCCUUCUUGGAAGAUAAAAAGAUUUCAAGCUCCUCUGCUCUGAAGAAAGCAAGUCCACAAGGAGAUGACUGUGAACGCAGUGAAAAUACAUCUGUCUCACCUAUUCCUUGCUCUGGAACCAGAUCAAAUUUGGAGGAUCUUCUCAGUAUACAAGCUCAUAAUGCAUCCAGAGUUCCUGCACUACAUCCAGAAUCAACACCACCUUCUCUCCUUGCGCUGAGAUCUGAGGAGCCUGACCAAAGCCUUGUCCACUCAUCCAAAUUAAUCCCCCAAGAAUUCUCUAAGGAAGAAAAGACAGACGAUAUGCUUAACACACCAAAGAAUGGACAAAGGACAACUCCAGAUUUGAGUAAUAAUGCAGUUAUGGUGUCAGAGACUGUGGACAAAGCAAAUGGGGAUGAGACUGAGGAUCGUGACACACAUGUGCAGAAGACCAUAAAGGAAGCUCACUGUAGUUCAACUGCAAAGGAUAAAGCGGACCUUAAGGAUACAACAGGAACUGAAAUGGACAGAACAGAAUCAACUGUAUGCAUAUCACUGACACCCAGUCUUCCACCUCCAAUGCCUGAGAAAAAAAUCUACCACUGUUCUGAAUGUGGAAAAGAGUAUGCAAGUCGCAGUGGUCUUAAGGGACACAUGAAGCACCAUGGUGGAGUUGUCAAGGCACCCCGAGCUCCUGCAAAGGCCAAGGGUGCAGAGAGAGUGUUGCAUCAUGAGCGGUCACAAACUCACCACCUUGCAACCUUCCUGCCACCAGGACAUCAGUGAGUUUCUUGAACCAAGCCCUUUGGAAACAUCAGCACGCAUCAGAGAGCUCUCCACUAGGCCCUUAAGGAAUCAGAAACAAAGUGUUAAGAUGAACUUAAUAGCUGACGAAAGAGAAGGAAGCUGAAGGAUAUUAUGUACUAUGACUCUAGACUGAAAAAAAACACAAAAACACAACCCAACAUGUGCACACAGUAAAAGAGUGUCAGAGUGUCAUUUCUUGGUUUUAAAAAAUGUCCCUGAUGUUUAACCCAAAUCUUUUAUAUUAAAAUACCUGCAUUGUGUAUUUUAAUAUAUGUAAUGGUGUCUAAAUAUAUCUUACAGUACUUCCUUGAAUAUUAUGUGAUGUUCUUUUAGAUAAAUGUAAAUUAUUUUGUCUGUGUGAGUUAAGAUGGAUUUGUUGACUUUUCCAAAGUGAAGAUCUUAAGGUAGCUAAGGAUUUGAACAAUAGCUUUGGGUGAGGAACAGACCAAAAUUUAUUAAGCCAAUGAUGACAUAAUUGACCGUUUCCUCACUAAGAGUUAUUGCAUUGGCAUAACACUUCUUUAUUCUUAAAGAACAACAUUUUGAUCAAAAUUUGUGAAGGAUCCUUGUUCAAGAACAGACAUGCACAAAUCAUUGUUUUCAACCUUUGGUCAAAAAUCCAAGCUCUUAAUAGUUUUCUUAAGAAGCUCAAAUGUCAAAAAAUACCCUACUCAAAACUGGAGGCAAGAGGAAGUAAAUGUUAAAUUGUUUUCCGAGGACAAACCAACUGAUAUUUUGACCAGCUGAUAUUUUAAACACUUCAUAAAAUUGACAUUAUGUAAAUUCCCAUGAAAUAUUCUUGACUUGUACUAAAUCUCCAGAUUUGGAAAGCACCAAAACACCGAACUGUAAAUAUGACCUGUCAACCUAUGUCCAUUGCGUCCAUGUUUGUCCUGUUCAACUGUACAGUACUAGACAAUAUACUGCUCUUAACACCAACUAGACUAAAGAAUCGGGUAAAAUUGUUUAACAAGCCUGUAUGUCAGUGUAAGCUUUUGUUACAUUAAUAUUGUCAGUGUAGCUAUUGAAAAAGGUAGAAAUAAGUUGACAGAUUCUGAGAUGAACCACUAUCUAGCUUAAAAGGUAACCCUUUCUGUAUUUCUUGGUGGAAAUGUUUGUUUCUUCUGUGAUGUUUGUUCUUUGUCUGGAUACUUUUACCUGUAUCUUCCAUAGAAAUGAAUUGGGUGUAUGAGUCUGACUGUGAGUUGUAAUUUUAUGGUACAGCUAAAAGAUAAAAAAGGAAAUAAAAACCAGUGUAUUCAUGACAAGAACCAGAAUACGCAGUUCUUUUAAUUA